CUCGAGCUGAGCGGAUCGCAGAGAUCAGAGAGACUGAAAGUGGCGCGAGUUUCGUUACUGCCGUUACAAUCUUCUGUUUGAAUCUCCCUAAAGAGACUUACUUAUCUAGUGUAGUUAAUCGUAGCCUGUAGUACUCUUCCGAUCCACGAUCCCUGAUCCUAGAUCCUAGUUUGCAUGCAUUUCGUCCUGGUUCUUUGUGUUUGUGCCUGGUUUUUGAUCGCCUUUCGUGCCAAUCGCGUUAAUUUAAUUCGUCAUCGUUUGCCAACGAGUUUUAUCGCCAUGGACGCGAGCUCGAAUCCCACAACUCCCACGACGGCGGUGGCCACCACCACAUCCACAUCCAGUCCAUCGCCGGCUGCGAGCACCAGCAGCAAAGGACACAGUCAAUCCGCCUCAGCAUCUGCAUCCGCCUCCGCCACACAGUCACAGCUGCUGACCACCAGUCUGGAAAUGCCCAAGACGGAGGAUCUGUACAAUCUGUCCGUAGCCAGCGGACUAUCCGAGGGACAGAGAUCGCUAUCGGGUGCUCCGUCGGCCUCCUCCAGUCCCAUCAUGAGUCCGCAGGGCAAGAUCUUUGGAAGGAAUGCGAAUGGAACAAUGAUCACCACAUCGCGACCGGGCAACGAGGCGGAGGUGCAGCUGUACCGGGUACUCCAGAGGGCCAGUCUGCUGGCCUACUAUGACACACUGCUGGAAAUGGGCGGUGAUGAUGUGCAGCAGCUGUACGACGCCGGCGAGGAGGAGUUCCUCGAGAUCAUGGCCCUGGUGGGCAUGGCCUCUAAGCCGCUCCACGUCCGCCGGCUGCAGAAGGCGCUGCACGAGUGGGCCAACAAUCCGGGUCUCUUCCAGGGACCCAUGAUGCCGCAUCUGGGUCUCUGCGAUACGCCACCGAAACCGGCAUUGAUCUUCAAUGCGGACACCACGCCCGCUCUGCCCCGCCAGAAGUUUCCUUCGUUCAAUCCCUCUGGCUCCUCCUUUGUGCCCUCGCCGGUUCCCCCAGCUCCCCUCCCCGCUUCCGCCACGGUUUCCGCUCCCGCUGGCCCCUUGGCUACCCAGAUCACCUGUCCCUCAGCUCCUUCGGUGCCCUUGCCCCUGGUCCUGCCCCCCAACCCGUUGACGAGCAGUCCGCAUCCCUCGGCGAACAGUACCCUCCCGGCGAACACCGCCCACCAGGUAUCCUCCAGUUCGCCCCAGCUCACACCUGUUCUGACCGAAGCGCAGAUCCAGCGGAUAACAAUGUGUGCGGAUAAGAUUGGCAGGCAGCUGCCCCAGAGGGAACCGCGCGCCCAGACCACGAGAAAGCGAACCACCCGGGAACUGGAGCAGGUGAUCGCCAUGGGGGAACAGGAUCCGCGGCGCAUGGACGAGAUUCGUAAGUACUCGGCCAUCUACGGCCGUUUCGAUUGCAAAAGGCGGCCGGAGAAGCCGCUGACCUUGCACGAGGUGUGCGUCAAUGAGGCGGCGGCCCAGCUGUGUCGUAAUCCCCAGACCAUCUGGUUGCUGACCCGCCGGGAUGAGCUGUUCCCCCUGGCCCGGCAGAUUGUCAAGGAUGCUGGGUUCGGCCACUCGGCCAGCAUUGCCCGGUACGGUGGUCUGCUCACCCAGCUGCCGUCGCAGGGAGCGGGAUCGGGCGGAGGACGGGCUCCUGGCGACACGGACUGCGAGUCCAGUGACUCCGCCGUGCCUUCCAAGCGACAGCGACUCUCCUCCACGGAGGCUGCCCAGCUGCCGCUCGACUUGAACCGGGAAGCUGUCGAGGAUUCGCGCUACAAUCUGUUCGCCAUGUACCAAAAGUUCGCCAAGCCGCCAUUCGAUCUUUCGGAAAUUGCCAAGUUCUCACUCAGCAAGGCGGCUGACUAUGAGGACAACGAUUCGCGCUUCUCGUUCAGCAACUCCAGCUCGCCGACCAUGCCAACGCCAUGCAAUGGAAUGGAAGGUGAGCGAUCGCCCGUCUCCCGCCAGAUGGAGACCUCGUCGCCGCCACGGGAAUCGGUGGAUCUGAGUGGCACAUCCUCGGGCGCAGCUCUCAGUGGAGUCCAGGUCAUCUCCGCGGCGGGUGACAACAUCAUCGCAGUGGCCAAUCCCGCCCUGGCACUCAGUCCCGCCCUGAACGAGGUGCUUGCCCUCAAGAGGAGUGCGCCUUCACCGGAGGCAUAGUUCUGGAGAAGAUUGAAUGGAUGCCAUUCGUAGUGCCAGAUUGGGUUACCCACACCCAAAUCGUUUUGAUUCCAGUGCAAUUCAACUAGAUUAGUUUCGUCUACAACAUAACUUGAUUUAAGGAGCUUUAAGUCAACGAUUAGUUUGUAGUCUCUGUGAUCUAUUGUGUCUAAAACACUGUAAUAAAAUCAUUAUUUAUCUAUC